AUGGUGCAAAUCCAGACAGCAACUAAUGCGAUGAUGUGCAGGGGGUUUUCAAUCACACUCACCGGAUCUGCUCGAAGUUGGUACCGACAACUCAAGCCCAAUUCCAUUGGUUCCUUUACAGAACUUAGCCGGUUAUUCCUUACCCAAUUCAUAAGCGGUAAGAAGAACCGAAAGCCGAAUACUCACCUGUUCACCAUCAAACAAGAGCCUAAGGAGUCAUUGAAGGACUACAUUACUCGCUUCAAUGACGAAGCAUUACAAGUAGAGGACUACGAUGACAAGAUAGCACUCUCCACCGUGUUCGGAGGUCUGAAAGAGGAAAGGUUCACCUUCUCUAUUACAAAGAAUCCGUCAAAGACAUUAGCUGAUCUCAUCGCCAGAGCACAAAAAUACACUAAUGCCGAGGAAUUCUCCAACGCCCACAAGAAUGUUCAAGUAGUAGACCCGUCUGGCAAAGGAAAGAGGCCUAGGAACGAAGAAUCCCAACCGUCUAGCAAGGGACCAAAUGACCGCGCCCCUCGCGAUCGUCGACCAAGCAGAAAAUCAAAGGGAAACUUUCAUUCCUACAACCCCCUUAACAUGUUCAUUGAGCAGAUUCUACUGGACAUCCGAGGAGAAAAGCUUUUGAAUUAG